CAGUGAGAAUAGUGCUACGUGUGAUAAAGUAAUAAGUGAUACGUGUUUAAUUUUAAUAAUUAUUCAGUGUAUUCAGACGUGUUUAAGAAAGUGUAAAAAAACAGAGAACGUAGACCGAGUUAGCUUUACGGAGAAUAGGUUAUCUGUACAAAAAUAGUACAGAUUUCAAAUUCUCUUGAAGCACUUUGAUCUUAGCUUUCUGUUACAGAUAUUUGGAGAGAUUUUAAAAGGCGAAAAAAAUGUGUGCUCAAAAAUCAAGCGGAUGGUGUGUCGUAAAGGACUGUAAUAAAAAUAUUGUGGAAAAACGACACUUUUUUCGGUUUCCAAAGGAACAUGACAGAUGGUUGCAAUGGAUACGUGCGUGUGAAAGAUUAGAUUUAGAAGCAAGUGGAGCAGAAUAUGCCCAUCGCAUUUAUAGAUUGUGCCACUUACAUUUUGAAGAAAAGUGGUACAAUAUAAGCAAGAGUAGAGCUAUUCUUCAUCCGGAUGCAGUACCAACAAAAUUAUGAGAGAGAGAGAGAGA